AGAAAUGCGUACAAACCCAACCUACCAAAAGUUUUCAUCUAGCUUCCAAAACUAGCUUUUGUGGAUAUACAAUAUAUAGUUAUUCCACAAACUGGUAAUUAAGGUGCUACCAUAAGAACUUCCAAAAUCAAGAACCAAUAUAUAGUUCUAAAACAAUGAGAUCUUAGAGGGCUUCCUUUUUCAUCUAUUUCAAAAAAGAAAGAUUAUUAUUAUUAUAUUAUUAUGGAUAAUAAUAAAGCCAAGGUUGAUGAUCAUGGAGAGCCUCACUAUGCAGAAAUCAUGAAUAAGAAUAACAAUGGAGGGUUCAUCAAAUGCUUGAUAGUUGAAUGGAACAAAACUGAGAAUCUAAAGGGUUCUUCCUUAAUAAGUUCCCAGUCCCCUCUACUUCGGCUCAAAAUAUUGGCGAUUGCGGCCAUUUCCAUGUUGAUGUUGCUGACAAGUGCCAUCUUGUUGGAGUUCACUGCACUUAGUGAAACAAUGAAGCCAAAGAUUCUAUCACUGCGCUCUUCUCAUAUCGGCAUUUUUGGCGCUCCAGAAAGGAUUUAUGAGAACAAUGGUUAUUUGAUGGUCUCAUCCAAUGGAGGAUUGAACCAAAUGCGAGCCGGGAUAAGUGACAUGGUAGCCAUUGCUAGUUACUUAAAUGUCACUCUUGUAGUUCCAGAGUUGUUUAUUUUUUUUUUUUUUUUUUUUUUUUUUUUUUUUUUGGUUGUUUAUAAAGCGCGUGUGGACGCCAGUAAGUUCCAAGACAUAUUCGAUGUAGAUUAUUUCAUUGAGUAUUUGAGAGAUGAGGUCAAAAUAGUGAAGGAAUUACCUCAAGGGAUGAAGAAAAGGAUUGCAUCAAGAUACCUCUAUUCCAUGCCCCCUGUUAGUUGGUCUAACAUGUCAUAUUAUUAUAAAACAAUUCUUCCUCGCAUAAAAAAACAUCAAGUAGUACAUUUUACGAAAACUGAUGCCAGGCUUGCGAACAACGGCAUUCCACUGGAGGUUCAAAAGCUGCGGUGUCGCGUGAAUUACAAAGCGUUGCGAUUCACUUCUGAUAUAGAGAUGGUUGGCAAGAAGAUUGUUAAGAUUAUGAGGCAAAAUGGUCCAUUUUUGGUGCUUCACCUGAGAUAUGAGAUGGACAUGUUGGCAUUCUCUGGCUGCUAUCAAAGUUUAAACGAGAAAGAAAUGGAAGAAUUGACAGCAAUGAGGUAUGCAUACCCUUGGUGGAAAGUGAAGGAAAUAGACUCCAAUUUGGUGAGAAGUAUAGGCAUAUGCCCUUUGACCCCAGAGGAAACUGCUCUGACAUUGAAAGCAUUGGGCAUUAACCCAAGAAUGCAAAUCUUUAUAGCUGCUGGGGAUAUAUAUGGAGGGGAGAAAAGAAUGGCACCUUUGAGAGAAGCUUUUCCAAAUCUGAUUAAAAAGGAAACGUUGUUAGAUCCUUCUGACCUUGAGCCCUUCCAUAACCAUUCAAAUAAGAUGGCAGCACUGGAUUACAUUGUCUCCAUUGAGAGUGAUAUCUUUGUGCCUACUUAUAGUGGAAACAUGGAUAAAGUUGUUGAAGGUCACAGAAGGUACCUGGGGUACAAAACCACAAUAAUUCCAAAUAGAUAUGUACUUGUUCGUCUAAUAGAUCAAUAUAGGAAUGGGACAAUAAGUUGGGAAGAGUUUUCAAGAGUUGUUAAGUUAGCUCAUGCUAGAAGAGGAGGCCCAAUAACAAGAUCAGUUGUUCCUUUGAAACCAAAGUUGGAAGAUUACUUCUAUUCCAAUCCACAAGAAUGUCUACCACAAGGUUCCUCCUAGUGUGCUCUAUUAUACAAGGUUCAGACCACUCGUGUCACUUUUUAUAACCGUUGAUCUAUUUCAACUUGGAACCUUUGACCUAUUCCAUUGUAAACUGAUGCUAACGAAGUUCUAGAUCGCCUAUGCUCUAAAGGGAAAAUGAAGCAUUGCAGAUUAAACGCGUCCACAAAUGAGGGUUAUAACUUUAUUUUUUAUACAAAUACUACAUAAUAUAAAAUAACAUUAACUGUGAGUUUAAAUAAUUUCACAAAGUAAAUAAUUUAUAGGAGAGUUAUUACUAUAUUAGGAAAUAGUUAGUUGAUUUGGUCAACAGUUAGUUAGAUUGGAAAAAGAGUUGUUAAGUCAAUUUUGUAGAGAGUCUUGUGUAAGUUCUUGAACAUGAGAGGUGCACUGAUGCCUAUAUAAGACAGUGUAAUAUUAAGAUCAAUUCAUCAAUACAGAAUUACUUUUUUCCAA